AUGAUCCACGCAGUACUCAUCUUUAACACCUCGGGCGUGCCCCGCCUCACCAAAUUCUACACGCCGCUGCAGCAGUCUGCGCGGACACUCGUGGGCAAGAUCUUCGGCCUUAUCUCCGUGCGCCAGGCGAGCUUGUGCAACUUCCUGGACGCACCCGAGCUCGAGAGCUUCCUCAGUCAGAGCACGGAGGACGGCGAGAAGCUACGGGUCGUGUACCGAAACUAUGCGACUCUGUACUUCGUGUUUCUCGUGGACUCGGCGGAAAGCGAACUAGGAAUCUUGGAUCUGAUUCAGGUUCUCGUCGAGUCGCUCGACCGUGCCUUCGAGAACGUGUGUGAGCUUGAUCUUGUCUUCCACUUCGACGAGGUGCACCACAUAUUAUCAGAGAUCAUUCAAGGCGGGCUCGUUUUGGAGACGAAUGUAGAAGAAAUCGACAAUGCCGUACAAAAUGCAGCAAAAGCAAGAAAGGAGUCAUUUGCAUCUUCAAACCCGCUGUCCCUUGGUUCUGGUGGUGUCGGGUCGCGUGGUGCAGGCCUGCAAACACCACUCGGUUGGCUCACGGGAAAGCUAACGGGCAGACAUUCAACUACACUGAACUUGUACUCUGCUGCAUCUCAAGCGUUCGAAUGUCCACAAGGAGACGAUAUGUAGGCAUCGAAGCUACAUAUCAGCGCCAGAAAUACUGGCAUUACUGGCCCACAAGGAUUUUCCGGUACGCAGAAGACGAUAUUUGAAUGUCUUACCACGAGUGUUUUGCCGACAAUAGUAAUACGAUGCCGUACGCGAGGUAGCAGAAGCGUGGGAGAGGGUGUGGGGACCUCGCCGUCAUGCCACAUGCCGUCGAGAUGCCGCACAGCUGCACUGGGAAUUCGCGCUAGAUAUCUGGAAAUACUGCCACGGAUGCCUGGCAGCGAGGCUAGGUGACCACGAUAGACCCGCGUUUCUCUUUCUUCUUUUUCUUGAUACCUCCGGCGGAUCCUUUCACGGAUGAUGUGUCCUGGGACGGUUUGGGGGUGCCAUCAUGCUGCGACGGUGCAGGCGUGGCAGAGGAACGUCCGGCAGUGGCUGAUGCGGGGGUCUCAGGGACAGCACCGUCUGAGACGGCUGUCGGAAGAGUGAACGCUUUGUUGGCGUGCAGAGCAGUGGUCCGCAUCGCAUUCAACAUCAGCAUGUUGUUCUGUUUACGCUUCCCGCCUUGCACAGGAGUCUGGUGAUUGGCCGGUUUAGAUGAGGUAUCGCUGAGGGCUUGUGACGCCUGAGUGUCGUCCCCUGCGUCCAAUCCGCGUUUCCUGCUCGAGUCAGUCGUCGUGGGCUCCUUGAUUGGCCAGAUGAAUCCCGUGCGAGGCGUGUACGCCGGUCGGUGUUGUCGGAGAGUGUCCAGAGACGUUUGAAGGGAAUUCAACGAAGUGAGGAGACGAUUAGAGACGAGGGUAUAUACGUCCGGGCUCUGGUAUAUCCGGUUGUUCAUGAUGAAAUACGCCACGAGCGGGCGAACUUCGUCUGGCGAUAAUCGUUCUCGCUUGUGGAUGAUGAACAGAGAUGGGGGCUGAGCGUGUAUAACGGCGAACUCUAUGCCUGUGAAACGUCUGAGUUCUUCUGCCUCGUUAAGCAAUGGCUGGCCAGUGUGCAUGGUCUGCAUGCGCAGGACUUGGUUGUUACUCUGCUUGUCG